AUGGCAUUGCUCCCGUGCUGGCGGCUGAAAGUACCGGGCCUGGCGUUGCUCUUCCUGGCAUGCCUUGGCCUGCUGCAGCAGCUGUCGCACCUGCUGCUGGCUGUGCCGCCCGAGGUCUGGGCCAGUGCGGCGCUGGGCUUUGCAGGCUUUCUGCUCGUGAUCGCGAAUGCGCUCCAAGAAGCGCUCCAGCGCGCGGACCCGCGGCAUCCGCAGCAUGACCCGAAGUGUUUGCCCUUCUUUCGGCUGCCUGGGAAGCUCUUGUUUGAAGCGGCAAAGCAAUGGCAGCGCUCCUUUCAACGCCUCGGCCUCCUGGCAGCUUUGCAGCCAAACACCGAAGAAGAGGUGCAGCUCCUGCUGGCAGGCCUGUCGCCUUCGCUCGCAGCCUUGGUCACGGCCAAGGACCUGGGUGAAGCGGUUGAAGCGCUUCGGAGGGCGGAAGACAAACGCUUUCAGAGAGCACUGGCCUCGCUGCGCAGCCCAAAGCUGCAGCUGUCCUUUGCCGAGCAGAUGCACCUCGUCGGCUUGGCACAGCAGGCCACUCGGGGCGAUGUCCCCAUCGCGGCGGAAGCAGAAGCAACAGAAGCCACACCGCUGGAAGCUGCCCAACGCUCGAGCUGGCAGCGGUGCCGCGGCCUGAAGCGACAGGAGGCCGCACAGCUGCUGGUCUCGGGGGUGGAAGGAAAGCCAGGCAGCCCGUUUGCGGACCUUUGGCACCUCGUCCGGCAGCUGAGACUCUUGCGGCGCGCUUUGGAGUGCUGUUUGGAGCAGGUCAAGAGAAGAGGCGAGCGAGUUAUGAGGGUUUGA